ACCAAGCAAAGACUACUUAGUUUAGAUUUCCAGAAAUUGGUUGGUGAAAAACCAAACAUGAAAUUUGCAGCUUUGUUUUGUUUUGUUCUGCUUCUCAUUUAUCAAACUGACUUUGGACGAAAUGAAGAAACUCCUAAGAGGCAAAGGAGGAAAAUGUUCCACAGAAGAUCGAGGGAUAGCUUCUCACCCUACCACAGGUCAAACAGUCAGUCCGAAAUUCAGCAAGCAUCGACUGUUACACCAGUAGCCAGAAUGCCCAUUGUCAGCUCUGAUUAUAGUGUGGAGGAAAAGUUUGAAUCCCUUCUGACUUUAUCUGGAGUAGAAUCAAGCUAUAAUAUAUUACCAGGAAAGAAGGGACACUGCUUGGUAAAGGGCAUAACUAUGUACAACAGAGCUGUAUGGUCUCCUGAUCCCUGCACCACCUGCCUCUGCUCAGACGGACGAGUCCUUUGUGAUGAAACCAUGUGCCAACCCCAGAUGUGCCCCUACACAGUUAUCCCUGAAGGAGAAUGCUGCCCAGUCUGCUCUGAUACUGAACAAAGAGAACCUACCAAUCUACUUGAUAAGCAACUGCCACCUCAGCAGGUGGAAAUGGACCAAGUAUUCAGAAAAGAAGCACUUCAAUCUGAGGAGGAUGAUGAAGAAAUUAAAGAAGCUACAGAGCACAACAAAGAGAUCUCUGGACCUGGAGUUCGAGGCAAACUUUACAGUGAGGGGGAAGGUGAAAGAGAGAGAAAGUGGAGGCCUGGGGAGAAGCAGAAGUUGGUACAACAGCAGCUACAUCACAGAAGGAAAGAGGAAGAAGAGGAGGACGAUGGAGAGGAGGAACAGGAGGAAGAGGAAGAGGAAGAGAAAGAGAAAGGCCCUGUAAGAGGAGAUGUGUUUGGAAUACCCUCCUGGUCCCCUAUCCCUGCCCCCCGGAGAGGCAGGCCACGCCUGCCCAGUGACUGUUCCCUGUCCUACAGGACCAUCAGCUGCAGCUAUGCAACCCUCACCCAGAUCCCACCACUGAUAGGACCAGAGAUAACAAGUCUGGAGCUCAUUGGGAAUUCCAUUACCUCCAUUCCGGAUGAAGCAUUUAAUGGAGUACAUUUGGAAAGGCUUGAUCUGAGCCAAAAUAAUAUCACCUCUUCAGGCAUAGGUCCAAAAGCAUUCAAGCUUCUGAAGAAGUUAAUUCGUCUGAAUAUGGAUGGAAAUAAUUUGGUCCAAAUUCCUUCAGAAUUGCCAUCUACAUUAGAAGAACUUAAACUCAAUGAGAACAAUCUUCAGGCUAUUGAUAAAGAAAGUUUAUCAGACUUAAAUCAGUUGGUCACCUUAGAGUUGGAAGGAAACAAUCUCAGUGAAGCCAAUGUGAAUCCUUUAGCUUUCAAACCUUUGAAGAGUCUAGCCUACCUGCGUCUGGGAAAAAAUAAAUUUAGAAUUAUACCACAGGGUCUUCCUGCUUCGGUUGAGGAAUUAUACCUAGAACAUAACCAAAUUGAAGAAAUAACAGAAAUUUGUUUCAAUCAUACCAGAAAGAUCAAUGUGAUUGUGCUACGUUAUAAUAAAAUAGAAGAAAAUAGGAUUGCCCCUUUAGCCUGGAUAAAUCAAGAAAACCUAGAAUCCAUCGACCUCUCCUACAACAAGCUCUACCAUGUCCCCUCCUACCUACCCAAGUCCCUGGUGCACCUCGUACUCAUAGGGAACCAGAUUGAACGGAUCCCUGGCUAUGUGUUUGGCCAUAUGGUGCCAGGCCUGGAAUACUUGUACCUGUCAUUUAACAGACUGUCUGAUGGUGGUGUGGACCCAGUUUCAUUCUAUGGGGCCUAUCAUUCUCUGAGAGAGUUAUUUCUGGAUCACAAUGAUUUAAAAUCUAUACCACCUGGGAUAGAAGCAAUGAAAGCACUACAUUUUCUGAGGCUGAACAACAAUAAGAUUCGGAAUGUUCUUCCAGAACAGAUUUGCAAUGCUGAAGUGGAUGAUGACUCAACUUUGGAACAUCUUCACCUUGAAAACAAUUACAUUAAAACUAGAGAAAUAUCAUCAUAUGCAUUUUCAUGCAUACGAUCAUAUUCAAGUAUUGUUCUUAGACCACAAAACAUUAAGUAAUUCCAAGUUUUCUUUUGCCACUUAUAAAUCUUACUUGUGUAUUUUAGUAGCAUUUGUCAUUAGUAAGAGACAUAAUCCUCACAUUAUACUCAUUAUUAUGCUAGUAAACCUGAUUUUCCAAUCCACAGAAGAAUAACCAAAAAUACACAGAAGAGGUGCUGUCUUAUAGGAGUUUUAGUGAGGGUGAAAACCACUCAAGUUUUCCACCAGGUAGCUCAGUUAGACCAGGAGACUCUGGAGCAAAAUAAGCAUGUCCUUUAUAAUUGGUCUGACUCCUGCUACUAGCCGAGAACACCCCAAGUCCCUUUAAAAAUUAUGUAUUCUAUGGUUCAAGACCAAAGAGCACACUGACAGGAAAGACUGCUUAAAAUUUGUGAAUUAGUUAUUCUGAUAAAAUAAUUUAUUCAUUGUCUGUAAAACCCUGUGCUAUAAGUACUGGAAUAAAUAUACCUCAGUAUUGGGUAGACUUAAGUUCUUUCUGUAAAUUACAUUUGUGAAGUUAAAACAGGACUGUAAUGCUAACUUCUUGGUUUAGAUCAUUAUACUGUGGUUAUGUACACUGUUAACAGCUAGUUAGUGAAAGGGUAUAUAUGAGUUCUGUGCUAUUUUUGAAACUUCUAUUAGUCUAAAGUUAUUUUUAAAAUUAAAAACAGUAUCUUAAAAUCACCAAUGUUAAGGGGACCAGCAACUACAGAAAAGGGUAGAUCAAAAAGAAUUAACCUAGAAGGUAACACACAUGCACAGGAAAUCAAUGUGAGUCAACUCCCUGUAUAGCUAUCCUUAUCUCAA